CCGGACCGCCAGGGCAGAUCAAAAAAGAGGAGAAAUUGUGGCCGGAGAAUUUUACCAGCAUCCUGAACAGCCUCCUGGAUGGCUAUGACAACCGGCUGCGACCGGGAUUCGGGGGUCCUGUUACUGAAGUCAAAACAGAUAUUUAUGUCACCAGUUUUGGACCUGUUUCUGAUGUAGAAAUGGAAUAUACAAUGGAUGUCUUCUUUCGUCAGACAUGGGUAGAUAAAAGAUUAAAAUACGAUGGCCCUAUUGAAAUUUUAAGACUUAACAACUUGAUGGUUUCGAAGGUAUGGACUCCUGAUACUUUCUUCAGGAAUGGGAAAAAGUCUGUUGCACAUAAUAUGACAGCCCCAAAUAAACUCUUCAGAAUAAUGAGAAAUGGCACCAUCCUGUACACAAUGAGGCUUACAAUAAGUGCAGAGUGUCCCAUGAGAUUAGUGGAUUUUCCCAUGGAUGGUCAUGCUUGUCCUCUCAAAUUUGGGAGUUAUGCUUAUCCAAAGAGUGAAAUGAUUUAUACCUGGACAAAGGGACCUGAGAAGUCAGUGGAAGUUCCUGAGGAGUCUUCCAGUUUAGUUCAGUAUGACCUGCUUGGGCAUACGGUGUCCUCUGAAACAAUAAAAUCUAUUACAGGUGAAUAUAUUGUUAUGACAGUUUAUUUCCAUCUCAGACGGAAAAUGGGUUAUUUUAUGAUUCAGACCUACAUCCCAUGCAUUAUGACCGUGAUCCUCUCUCAAGUUUCAUUUUGGAUAAAUAAGGAAUCAGUUCCUGCUAGAACAGUAUUUGGAAUAACCACAGUGUUGACAAUGACGACACUGAGCAUCAGUGCAAGACAUUCUCUGCCAAAAGUAUCCUAUGCUACUGCCAUGGACUGGUUCAUAGCGGUUUGCUUUGCCUUUGUGUUCUCUGCUCUGAUUGAGUUUGCUGCUGUCAACUAUUUUACUAACAUUCAAAUGGAAAAAGCCAAAAGGAAGACGGUCAAGUCCCUUCUUGAAUUUCCAGUUGCUCCAGUACAAAGGAAAAGAAGUACAGAAGAGACAUUCACGAGUACAGAUGCCAAUUCAAAUGUGAGGAAAAGAACAAAUGCCACAGUACAGUCUGAAGCUGAUGGUGGGAGCCGAAUCGACACAAGGCACAGCUCUGUCCAGCCUCCCUCUGUAGCUCAGGGGUCUUCUGACAUUACACCCCACUCCCUUUCUGCAUCGAGUCCCAACCCUUUCACACGAAUCAACGCAUCGGAGACAUUAUCUUCUGCAAGAGCUACCCCUCCAGCUCCUCCUUCUACCCCAAUUUUAACUGGAUUUGUAUCCCAGCAUGCCACAGCUGGAUCCCCUUCCAUUCAGCACUUGCUUGGAUCUAGACUGGAGCAGAUUCAGACCACCACACCUAAUACAUUAGGAGCAUCUGCAAAGCCAUCUGCUGUCACACCACCUCCUCCCCCAGCCUCCCACUCUGGCACGAGUAAGAUAGACAAAUAUGCACGCAUUUUAUUUCCUGUUACCUUCGGAGCAUUUAACAUGGUCUACUGGGUGGUGUAUCUAUCCAAGGAUACCAUGGAAAAAUCAGAAAGUCUAAUGUAGUUUUGCUGCUAUGUAGUAGUUCCUAAAUUAUACUCACAUUUGAUGCAGAGUUUCUUCUUUUGAAACUAUUUAAAAAGGUCAGUAAUUCUUAUUUAUAAAAGCUGUGUGGUACUUUCCCAUUCUAAAGGCUGGAGUUAUUGGGGAUAAUUAGUUAACUCUUAACAGAGUAAAAGGUAACAGUAAUGGGUCUUCCUCCCUUCAGCCAGCAAUGAACCAACACUUGCUUGAGACAAGCUACUCUGGCUGCGCAGAACUUGCAUUUGGGAGGAACAUGCACCUGAAAGAAAUCAGAGGCAGAGGUGCACAGCUGUGCAAUGGAGCACAUCUGACUGCUAGGAAUAUGCGUGUUGGCUAUUACAAAUGCCCAAGGCACCCAGCACUGCUGUCUGGACACAGCAUUGCAUUCUCUGAGUGUGAGGUCUAUGUCCUGUAUAUGACAGUGCUUGAUAGAAAAAGAGUUUCCCUGCUAGAUAAAAAUUGACAGAAUGGGGGGAAGAAAAUCAUGAGCGGCAAAAGGGAAGAGAGUCCAGCCUGGGAGAGUGCAACUCCAGGAAAGUUAUGCAAAGGAGUUGUAGAGCUCCGUAUAUUUUUACUAAGCAUUAUUUUGCAUUGUAACCUGGGAAAUUCUCACACCAAACUAAGAAUGAGUGAACCUUGUGAAAUCUGAAACCUGAUGUAAUUCUCAAAAUUGGAUUUUCUUGUUUGGUAAGGUGAUCUUAAGUGGGCGAUUCUUCUUUGACCUUGCUGACCAGCUUGAGUGGAUUUAUUUCUAAAUUACAUCAAUUGUAGCAGAUGAGGACCAGACCACAAUGUUCAACUUUUCAUUUAAAUUCUUUGCUUUUUCUUUGGAUGCUUUGGGGUUUGGGUUUGUUUUGUUUUUGUUUUUUUUCCCCCCAUACUUUUCAGUUACACUCCUGAUUUCCUUUAAACACAUAUUCCAUUCCCCCACCUCCUUAUGUAAUGUUUGUGUCAAGUUGAAUUUUCAACACAGUUUUAAAAGUGGCUUGGAAAUUAAGCAAAAAAAUAAUCCCCAUUUCCUGUGCAUAGAUGAGUGUGGCAUGUCACUGAGUGAAUGAAAGACACCCUUUUUGAGAAGGACUGCUGUGAUAUAAAUAAGAAAGUAAGCUUUCUAGCUGGAUCUCAGGCUAAAAAUGUUAAUUUACGAUCCAUUUGUUUACUUUAAACUGUGGCAUAGAUAGGUGCUUUUCCUACCAAAUUUCAGUAUGCAAGCAGGCAACAUUGUUAAAGAAUUGAAUAGUUAAACCUGAGAGAAAUCCUGAUCAUAAAUGUUAUUUUCAUUAGAACAGGUAGAAAACAAAUUGCCAAUAAAGAAACGAAAUGUUUGUACAGAGCUGUUUGACUUGGCAAAUGGUUAGUGUUUCUGUGCAGGUGACAAGUGGGAAUCAAAGACCAAAUUCUCAGCUAUGAUCUGGCUGUGCCUUUAAAGGGUCUGGACUAAUCCUUAGCUUCAGCUGAUGGGAUAGGAGAUUGGUAGCCUAUGGUCAAAGUCUGUGUGCUGCAGGUCAGAUCAGGUGAGUGUUCAGGGGUUCUGUGCCCAGAGAAUGAUCAAGGGAUUUAUGGAGACCACAAGCUCCUGGCAACAAAAGGGAUGCACAAGACUACCCUAGACUAUGCUGGGACAAGAGUCAGGGUAAAAAGCCCCUGUAAUGGUGAAACUAUGACCGUGCCUCUGUCUCUCCAAGCCUUUUAGCCAGCUCAUGGCUGAGAAUCUGACCUUUAACUUGUGGGACCUGGGAGAUACCUGGCAAAAGAUACUGCAGUGUGUAGUAUGGAUCCCAGAUGGUUCUUUCAUGUGUAAUAAUGAAUUGUAGAUGAUAGAAUGCAGUAGGAAUGUCUUAUGUAACUUUAUUAUAAUGGAGUGAUAUAAUCAGUUGCCUUAGUCUUUCUUUUGCUUAUGGGAUGCUCUCAAAAGGCCAGUAUGGUUCUUUCCUUUUUCAUCUUUUAUAUCUGGAAGAUGGUUGAGACUACAGCACUCGUUAGGAAAACAUUAUGUGGCAUAAUGGAGAACUGGAAAUGGAGUACCCAUGCAAGAUGUCUAACUGCAGCAGUUUGUGUCUUUGGAUGUACAGCUUGUUGCUGUAGCUGUUUCCUCUCUAAAUAUAUCACAUUGUUACAAAUUGUUAGAAGAGAAAAUAGUAUGCAAGGGAUUAUUUAUUUGGUUAAACCAGAACAAACAAAGCUAAACUUUUGGCAAUUAUUGAUUAUAAUUGCGCAAAUGAUAAAAUACUUUGAGCAUGAAGAACGGCGACCUGCUCUGUGGACAACCUAGUAUUUGCACUGGAGGUUAAUGAAAUACUCUUUGCUUUCCUCUGUGGUGAAAACCAAGGAUGUUCUCUCACUGGCAGAGCUUUAAACAAUUCAUUAGAAACAGUUGUCUGUUCUUUCCACCCAUCCCUCUAUACUGAUUUUAUAAUCAACUUUUUCUAGUGCAUUGUUCAGUGGGAUCAACACUAGUUCAGGCUUAAGACUGAUCUAAAUGUGCUGCUUGAAUUCACUUGUAGUUUCUGUUUAAAGGCUUAUGAGGAGGAAAAAGGACUGCAAAAAUAAUAAAUUACAGAUAUUUAUGUCUAUGCUUUAAUUUUGGGAGAAAUUUUCAAUGCUGUCACAGAAAAAUAUGCCAGUGUAUUUCUGAAGUACCUUCCAACACAUGCAUGCCUAAAUUCAAAAUGAAGUACAUUAAAAAAAAUCAUUAUGAGUCUAGGACUAAUUUAUUGAACUACGUUUUUAUGUUGUAGCAUAUGAAGAAAUUGCCAUAAUUACCUUUCCAAAUUACAUGUGGACAAUGUAAAUAGGAAUUUAUUGUUAACAGUUGUUCUUCAUUAUUUUUAAUCUCUCUGGAUGAUCAGAAACAGUAAAACAAAAAAGAGCUUGCAAUGUACUCAGUGAUAUCAUAACUUGAAAGCACAAAAGGAGGAAUAUGCUAAAUAUAGCAGCCCAAAACUACUAACUAAAAUCCUAAGGGGCAACAUUUGAGGUGUCAUUUCAGUGACCAAAUAGCUUAUUAGAGAUGAGGUUCAGUGAGAUGAACUCUACAGGAGCUACAUUUUUAGGUUUUUAUUCUUUUUUUCUAUUGGCUUUGUUGAGCAAUCUUUUUUUUUUUGACAGUAUCAUAGGGGUUUAAAACUAAUCAAACACUUCAGAUAAGUUCGUAUCUAUCAACAGGAAAGGAAACUGGAGAGAAAGACAAAAAUCUUUACAAGGAAACAGAGAGAGCUCUCAACUGUUAUUUCCUCAGAGAAUUUUGUUACAAGCAACAGAAUUACCACAGACUGCAGUGGUGCAGCCUGACCACUAAUGCAGCCACUUGAGAAAAACAGUUAAAAACUUGGUUCAGGAAGAUUACCUUCACAGGAGCUGAAGUGUGGUUUGUAGUCAAUUGUGAGCCCACUAUGAACAGGUUUCACUGCAACUGUGAAAAUAAUGAAGAUGAGAAAGGUGGCCACCUUAGACCCCAGCCCUUCAAGGUGAC